AUGUUAGCGCUGCGUAUGUCCCGUUUCUUUUUCCUCCUUCUUUUCCUCUGCAAUGUUUGUAGGGCGCUAACAAAAUCUAUACCGGACCAAGGAACAGUUGAGGUGCUGAUAAAAGUCCAAGUCUUUGACAACAGCGACCUCUCACCUUUGAAGGAGGCUUCCGUGCAGGUUUAUGGGAAUCAAACCUCAUUGGCUGUUGGGAAGACCGGCGAGGACGGAGUCGUUACGGUCACGUUCCAGUACCGACCGGGGACCUGGGUCAUCGUGGCUGCAUCGAAGCGGGCCUUCGUCACCAACUCCGCCCCAUGGCAUGCCAGUCGCAUUCCCUUGUAUGCGUCGGUGAGUCUCUACCUGCUGCCUCAGAGACCAGCAACUCUCAUUCUAUACAAUGAUGUAGUACAGUUGCUCCUGGGAUCUCCCGGUGCCAGAAGUCAGCCGUGGGUCCAGAUCCAGAGGAAGGCCAUCCAGCCCGCACUGAAUGCCUCCCACAUCUCCCUGUCUGCCCUGCUGACCCCUGCCAGGAGCCAGUAUGAGAUCGGAGGCUUCCCCUAUCCCCUGGGCCUGGAGAACAACUCCACGGGAUCCAACAGCACUUGGGUGGAGCUCACAGCAGUGGCGGCGGUGUGCGCGCUGCUCUCGGGCCAACAUGGAACCGAAGUCCAGGUGUCGGAUCCCAUACACAUUUCUGUCCCCCUGCCCUCCGACUCCCCCCUGAAGACAGCCACCAGCGUCCCUGUGUGGAGGUUUGAGGACAGGGCAGGUCUAUGGGUCAAGAGUGGAGCUGGCUACAUAAGAAAAGAAGGAACACAGAUGACCUGGAGUUUUGUAGCCCCACAUUUAGGGUACUGGCUUGCAGCAUUUCCAUCGACUUCAGGUACAGUCCUUAACCCCUCUGGCCUGAGGGACAUCACCACCUAUCACACCAUUUUCCUUCUGACCAUCCUGGGAUCAAUGGCCUUGCUGGUGCUCAUUCUGCUCUGUCUAUUGCUGUACUACUGCAGGAGGAGAUGUCUGAAACCCCGACAACAACAUCGCAAACUGCAUUUAGCUACAACGUUGGACAGCUCCAAGAGAGACCAGGGUACCUCGACCUCACAGCUCAAUCUCAUCAGCGGGGGUCACAUGGAAAGGGCCUCUUCGACCGGCGAUGCUGAUGGCAUCAGAUCUGACAUUUCUUCCACAAGGGACCUCCAUAGUUCUCGAGAGGAAUUCUUCAGGCCCGCAUCAGCUCAGAGGCUGCGCAGUUCCAAGAUGAAUGCAGACGCAAACAUGAGAUAUGGCGAAAGCUUUCCCAUGAAGGUAGCACGAUCCACCAACACGAACCUGGACCCACUGCUGCAGGACGAUUAUGCUCGGGGCUACAGUUCUGCAGAAGACUCUGAGGAUCGUCGACACCAGCACCGACACGCCAAGGACAACCAGGGUUACUCCUCUGACCCCCCUUCGCCACCAGCUCUGCUGCCACCGUUUGCUGGUCACUACCAGGACCACAGACGAGACGGAAAACCUCCAGAAUACACAGCAUCCCAACCCGGCGACCAUCUGAGCCAGUCCAGCACCCUGAAUGCACAGCCUGGCCAGCUUAUCUUUUGUCACUCAAUGGAACAGAUGAAAGAGAGCAUGUACCACAGUGUGGUACCCACACUGGUCAUCCCAGCCCAUUACAUGCGCCUCUCAUCAGACCUGUCAGCCAUGGAGCAAGCUAUCGAGAGGCAACAGCAGUUGCAGCACGACAUGGAGGGCAUUCAGGUGAGUCUGACCCUUCCACGUCAGCAAGGACACCAGCAACACAAGCAGCAACAACAGCAGCAGCAACAGGCCAAGCAGCAAGCAGAAGAGGAGGAGACAAGUCAGCAAGGAGACAGUUCUGAGGAGCACAGUUGGACCUCUGACCCUUCUUCUGGCCCGGUCCGCAUCCCAGUCCUGUUCAACGACACGACCAUGCCUCAGAUGAAUGGGGAGUUGCAGGCCUUGACAGAGAAGAAACUGUUGGAGCUUGGGGUGAAGCCACAUCCUCGCGCUUGGUUUGUAUCUUUGGACGGUCGCUCCAACUCCCUUGUCAGGCAUUCGUACAUCGAGCUGGGAAACGAAGCAUUGCGAGCCCCUGUUGGGACAAGCGGUUUCAGCCACGACCUUCGAACAGACUUGCAUGAGCCUAGGUCCACCCAACAGAAAGGAAAGGAGGAGCAUAAGGGGAAAGAAGGCAGCGAGAGAAAGACACAUGGGAAGGUUUACUCCAAGCUUCCAGUCAUUGAUACAACUGAACCCAGCAGCAGCAGUGAGAGUCAUGCAACCAUGUAUUCACCUGAGGAUAAUUCGCUUGCACCGUUACUGGAUGAGGUCCCUCAAUCCAAAGGGGGAACGUUCCCACGCCGAGGUCGCAGUCGGGACAACAGCGCUCGCAGCAGCACAAGUGAACCUCACAGGGACUCGCUGACCAGUCCGGAUGAUGAGAACGGCCCAGACGAUAAGGACGAAGAGGGCGAGAACAAAAAGAGCCCUUGGCAGAAACGUGAGGAGAGACCCCUCAUGGUGUUCAAUGUCAAGUAA